CCUGUGGUCGCAGCCUACUCUGAGGAAGCGGGUGGACAUUCGAGUCAUACCGAGCUGCGUGUCAGUGCAGUCGACUUUACAGCUGGCUGUAAGGUUAGGAGGAACUGGCGCUGCCCUUUUUGUCCGAACAAAUACUUUUUUAUAUAAUCUUUACAAGUAUUUAAAAACUCAGAGUUUUUUGUCGGGAACUAUUUUUAAAAACGUUUUUUUUUUUCCUUUUAUUCGAGGAGUUUAAUUUGCGAGUAGAAAAGUGUAGCUGAAGUCUGAACAUUUAGCCACUCAAGCUGACUGUGGUCGCGUUAUUUUUCCUUCCGACUCGGUUGGGAGCAAAAAAAAAAAGCUGGUCUUUUUUACUAAACCGAUAAAUGCUUGUUACGAAAAUGGAUCUGUUGAACUAUCAGUACAUGGACAAAAUGAACAACAACAUCGGGAUACUCUGCUACGAAGGCGAGGCAGCGCUGCGAGGUGACCCCAGGAUGCACCAGUCCAUGUCCGUGUCAUCGUCUGGUGUCACCAACCACAGCCACCGGACGGGCCCUCCUCCCAUCAGCCCCAGCAAGAGGAAGCUCAGCCUCGGCACAGUACAGGACCAACAGGACAAUGAUGACCAAGACUGUGACAACCAACAUGUGGCCAAGAUGAGCCGGCUGUUUGCUGCACAGCUCAGAGGCAAGCCUUCCAACGCUGACUUCCAUAGUACCAAGGACCCUCGGGACCGUAGCCGCAGCCCCAUGGUUCUCCAUGGCAACCACCACCUGUACGCCCCCCACCACCACACGCCCAGCCUAGCCAUGGACCAGCCUCUCGCCCUGACCAAAAAUAACAUGGAUGCCGCCCGCACCUUUGUCAUCUCACCCACCGUCAGCCCUGUGGAACGCCAGCAGAAUCGUCCGUCAGUGAUAACAUGCGCUCCAGCCAACAACCGUAACUGUAACCUGUCUCACAACGGCUGUUCCAACAUCCUCCCUAGCAACUACAGCAGGAGACCAGCCAGCAGCUCCAACACGGCGUGUGUGGACCCGGUGAUCGAGGAGCAUUUCCGUCGCAGCCUGGGGAGGAACUACAAGCAGCCGGAACCCGUCACUAACUCUGUGUCCAUCACCGGCUCUGUGGACGACCACUUCACCAAGGCCUUAGGAGAGACCUGGCUGCUGAUCAAAGCCAAAGGAAGCUCCUCCUCCUCCCCUGACUCCUCCCCCAACAGUCACAUGGUCAACCACAGCCACUCCCCAUCCGUGGUGUCCUGAAGGGAGGGGCUUAGACUAAACUAGUCAGCACCAGCUAAAACCCCACCCCCGCCCCUCCUGCCCUGUCCAUUGCUCACUGUAACACACCACAGGGCUGGUUGAACUGCCCUCCUGGAGAGAUACUGGGUAGGCAGGGUCUAUUUAUUUUUGCUCCAGCCCUGUUGUAACUAACACCUGACUCAGCUAAUCAAUGUCCUGAUGAGCAGCUCAUGUAGUAGAAUUCACGAGGCACCAAACUUGUUUUAAUUUUUUUGUUGCAAAAUGUUUUAGUUAUAGUGUGCACUAAUGAAUACUACCCAGGUGUGUUUUAGAGCAGGGCUGGAGGAAAACCCUGUGUGUCCAAUGGCUCUCCAGCCAGGAAGAGGGUUGGCCUUGGUCCCACUGCAUGAUUUAACCCUGCUGAGAGCUGUGCUAGCAGCUAGCGAUAUGACCAUGUACGUAACCAUGGAGUAGGCAGGCCUUUUCAUUUGUCUGUAUUUUGUUUUGAAUUUACUUUUAUUUUGAAGUAGGUAUACAUACUUCUUUCUGUUUGCAUCAUUGGAUGCCCGAGAUUUUGAAAAGAAAAGCUAAAUGAGGAACGGUUUGUUUCUGUACUAUGAGAUGUGUGGAUCUAUAUGGAUUCAAUAUGGAGACGCAUCAUAUCCAACCACAUGCCUUCGCUACCAAAGACAACUCUGAUGCAAAUAUGUCGCCCCUUUUUAAAAGAAAGAAAAAAACAUUUUAUUUCACCCAUCCAUUUCUUCCCUUCUUUCUAUCUCUCUGCACUGUAAAGUAU